AUGAAUAAGCCAGAUCUCUCUAUUACAAUUAGUAAAGAGAAUGUACCUAGAAAUAGUACUAUUACAAUCACUGGUGCUUUUACGGAUCUAGAUAAUGGAAAAUCACUUUAUUUGCUGUAUCAGUUAAUCAAAGAUACCACAGUAAUAAAGCAAGCAACUCUGAAAACAUAUUCAUCAAAUGGCAAUGAAAAUCAAGCAAUUUCCGAAUCGAUUUCAAUUGAUUCUGAUGCUGAGUUAGGUGAAUAUUCACUCAGAUUCAUUAUGUCAUCGGUAGAUAACUUCGAUGGCGAAUCAGGUAAUAGUUUUUCCUUAUCUGAUCCAGUUACAAAGCAAAUUGGAGUCAUCUUAGUUCCAACAAUAUCUCUUACAUCCACUACAGAUGCAUACUAUCAAAAGGGAUCAACAUUACAUUCUUCAGGAGCAUUCACUUCAGAAACCGAUGUAAUGAUUUCAUAUUUCUUUAAUUCUGAAGCACCAAAGGACCUUGGUAGAGUUGAGAAGGCAAAAGAGAAAUUCUCAUUUGAUAUAUCAAUUCCAGAUACACUUACGCAUGGAAGUCAUGUAUUGAAUAUCGUUGCCUCUGAUGAUAAUUUAUAUUCAUCAGAACCAACUUCUCUUAAUUUCAAUAUCUGGAACAAGCCACAUUUAUUGAAAGCUGAACUCAAAGAGGAGAAAUAUAAAGCUGGAGAUUUGAUAAUUAUCAGUGGAAAAGUUCAAGAUAUUGACAACCAUGACAAACUACAAUUCUUUGUUUCAUUUAACGAAGGGGAUGUAAAGAAGGAAUAUGAAUACACUUCAAACGGUAAAGAAGAAGAUUACAAUUUCAAUAUAACAACUCCAUCUGAUCUCAAAGAUGGUGAUGUCAACAUUACAGUAUACAUUUUAGACCAGGAUAAGUUGCAAUCAGAGAAAUCCACAAUGUCAUUCAAGUUCUAUACUGAAAAAACAAAUUCAAAUACAAAUGAUUCUAACAAAGAUAAAAAGAAGAAGACAGUAAUUGCAGUAGUUGUUGUUAUAGUAUGUAUCAUUUUAAUUGCUAUUAUUGUCUUUAUAGUUAUAAAGAAACUUAAGAGUUCCAACGAUGCAAGUAGUGACUCUCCUGAUUCACAAAGAAUGCCAGAGUACGAACUCAAGGAUGAAGAAACGAUCAUUGGAGAUGGAGAAAACCCACAGGCCAAUACAACAAUGGAUAAUCCAAUGUACGUGUCAUCAAACCCUCAAACUAAUGAUCCAUUCGAUGACAUGGAUGAUUAG